AUGUUUCGCCUUCUAAUAUUUGUUAUUUUUUCGCUAUUUUUCCAAACUGCAAACUUCCAACAAAUUACUCCGUUAAACAAUUUCAAAGGUGGAAAUGUGAAUAAUCAAAUUUUGGUACCGUCACCAUUUUCUUUAUAUGUUUCUGCUCACAUGGAUUCAAAUGAUACAUUAAGUCGGAUUUAUGUGAAAACUGAUAAUAAUCAGAUUAAGAGUUUGUACGACUUGAAAACUGCAAAAGAUACCGUAGCCUCUGGCCUUCUGACCCCGUUCAAAGUCCAAUCAACCGCUUAUAUCUCGUCAGAUUUAAACGAUGAUCAAAUGUCGGCUUUGAGAGGAUUUUUGUAUAUAACAACUGCAAAACAAUCAAAUGACUUCAACUUCAAAGUCUACGAUAUCGAUCUAGUUCAAAUUGUACGACCUAGCCUGCUUAUCUGUGAUCCAUGUACAAUGGUUUUUCUGAACACUAAUGAAAACAUGGUACCCGUCCAAAGCUCCACAAUAACCACUUGGAGACAAAGUGCAGAUUCUACUGUGAAAAUGUACAAAGGAUAUCCAACAGAUGAGGAGGAGGUUAAUAGUUCACAAAUUUUUGCAAAUCCGAUUCAGACGAUUACCGAUCCACCGAGAUUCAUCCAAAACGUCGAGAAAUUUUCUGUCAGUCUGGGUGCCUUCUAUUUCAAAACAACCAGUGAUUUUUACUUCGCUAUCAGUCCCUUUUAUUUGAACCCAGAUCUCUCUAGCACAACCGCCUAUACCACAACUGGAUUGAUCACGAAAUCAGUCUCUCAGACACCUAAAAAAGUUACAAUCGACUGUUUAAGAGACACUCGAUACAACGGGACCAUGGGCGUAAAUAUAAUCGGGUCAAUGCCAACGCGCGAUGGAAAAGUAACAGUUCGAGAGAAUGAUGGUUUGCAGUCCACAGAGAUUAAUGUAGCACCUGCUAAUCAGAUUUUCGGAUGGUUAACUUACAAAAUCGGACAAAACUUGACAGUUUCGUCGGAGAGCUCAACGAAUGGCGAGUUCUUUGUACAGUAUUAUAUCAUUCAAGGAGACCAGAUUUCGUCUACGUUUGCUCCAACGAAUGCGACUAGUCCGUCGGUGGAGACGACUACUAAAGGAGCGGGAAUUUUGAACUUGGUGGUUUCGAUUUUAACUUUGGUGCUUGGAAGUUUUGUGUAG